AUGAUGCAUACCAUCCAGGAGCACAUUGCCUUUGCCUUGACACAUGGGCUUUGCCGCAUUGCUACUGCCCACCAACUCUUCAUUCCAGUCUUGACCAACUGGUCAACAUCGUCAACUGGUGGUUUGUAUCCAAAGCUACAGAAAGCAUCCCAUGUGGAUGUCUUCAGCAGCCACUCGGUGGAUGAAGUUUUUGGCAAUUUGAACUAUCACUUUGCCAUUGCAUGCUCUGGCAUGGCUGCAUUUCUGGCCGUGAUGACCCUGGUGCUACUUGCUGGUGGCUUCAGUGGUGUAGUGGCACUGCCGCGACGUCUUGUAAUGAGGAGAUUUCGGCAGCUCUUGUGCAGCAUCACUCUGCGGCCAGUUGGGCUGCUGCAGCCUUCAAGGCUCAGAAGGAGAAUAGGCAACCUUUUUGGCAAGUGCUUCUCGACCAUGGCCCUGCUUGUGGUCGCGAUGAUGAGUGAGUCUUUGUGGUUGGCAAUUAUGGUUGACGCCAUCAUCAACAACAACAGCAGCAGCAACAACAACAACAACAACAAUGAUUCCCUGUUCGAGCGAUUGUGGUGCAAUUAUGAGCUAGCAGUCCACGCGGAGACCUCACAAGCUGGUGCUUUCAAUAUUGUCCAGGAGACAAGGGAGUUCGAUUCGCUGCGGAGGGAAUUUCAAGCGGAAGUACAGACGCUGAGCAACAGACCGGUGGCGGGAGAACGGAAGUUGUCGGCUCGCUUGAGUCUGGUCGAAGAAGGCCUCAGGGCCCAUGGCAACGUGGUGGCUGAAGUUGAGCGGGCCGUUGAGCCGGAGAUUGAGCCAGUGAAGGUUGACGUUGAAGAAAGCUUCGCUGGCAGAGAUUCCCUUCAUCACCUUCAUCCUGAGAGUGAUGUGAAUUUCGAGGAGAGCGCUUGGACGUAUCCUUUGGUGAUUGGCUUGGCAGAUGCCAAGCCAAUUGAUGUGUGCUUUGCCGUGAUACUUCUACUGCUGAACUUGUGUAUGCAGCUGAUUUUUUCCGGCAUUAUUCUGGGUCCCGAUUUCUUGGGUGAGGAAUUCGACACAAAGAAGGACGUGGCGCAGCGCUGGCGCACCAGCUUCGCGCAUGACUACAAGUACGUGGAUUUGUCAUCCACCAGCCUCGUGACGCGCGUGUGCUCUGCAGAUGGUUCCCUGAUUUUGGCCACCACCCAGGCGACGCUGGUCACGCACAUCAACAGCUACAUGGGGCUCCUGACAGAUCAAUUUGACGCGGGGUUCUAUCAACCCGGCAUUCUGCUCUGCCUGCUUUGCAUCCUUCUAUGGACCUUGUGCGUAUACAAGGAAGUUCGCAGCAUUUGGCUGGCCCUGGAAGCAGUUUGGCAGCUGCCGCGCUCUGAACACACCGUUGUUCAUGAGAAUGCCAUCGUGAGCCUGUCAAAGAAACGGUUUAUGGCAUUGCUUUUUACCUACAUCACUCGCUUUGUGAUAGCAUGGGUGCUUCUCAUUGCUGGGGUCCAGUGGCUUGCACGAACCACCUCCAUCACAGAGUUGAUGCUGAAUGCUGUGGCAUUGAAUGCGAUCCUAGAUGUCGAUGAGUUUCUCUAUGCCGGCUUCACCCCAGUUUCGCUGCAGGUAGCGAUCAAACACCUGGAGCCAGUGAAAGUUCGCUACGCUGCGUGGAGGAGUCAGCUGGAAUCCGUGGUUCUAUUUCUGCUGCUGCUGAGCACGUUUAUUCUUCCCUAUGUCAGCCUUUUGCAACCUCUUGGUGAGACGAUGCUGGCGGUGAAGAGGGAGCUGUGCUAUGGCAACCAGACCUUUGUGGUUGGAAAGAACACUCAAACGCAAGUGAUUCUUGGAUACACCACGGCGAGUGAGCGCAGUGGGGACCUCUCGGUGAUGGAACGGGCGGUAAAGGAUCACAAGUUCAGCUCAGCCGGGGAUGAUGCGUGUCCUGGCUGCUAG